CGCGAACGUUCCCAUUCGUUCAUCUUCAACGCGAACGCUGGUUAGACAAUGCGAACAUCAAGAACUCAAGGCGCCAAAUCCACUCCGUCCUCACAAAAUCAACUUGAACAACAACACAAACGCCAAACAAAGCAACGCAACCAAAAAGAGCAAAACAACCAAUCAAUCAACCAUGAACUGCUUCCGCCCAACCAUCCAACGUGCCACUCUUGCUGCCAUGAGACGGGCUCAAUCCACUGCUGCUGCUGGACCAGCACAGGGUGUCCACAACCUUUCCCCACAAAGUGCUGUACCACCUCAUCUUCGCAAGAACAUGGACAAGGGUUUCAAGGCGCACUUUCUGAGUGAUCCAUCCACAUACCCCAUCAUUGUCAUUAUGGGUUGUGCUAUUACUUUCAUGACUGGCAUGGGGUUCCACGCCCUUGCCUAUUACAAGGAUCUUCGCAUUUCUCCUUCAUCCAAGCACACUGAGCUGCAAACAUGGGGAAGUGAAAAGGUCACCCCUGUUGUGGCAGUGGUUGGAACAAGGAACCCCUACUAUGCGGUUGCUUUCCAUGAAGGACUUGGAGUGAACCAUGAGGAAUGGCUCAAGCAAAAGGCUGAAGCCGAUCGUGCCCAAAAAGCAUAGGUUUGUCUCACGAACAAGAAGAAUGAAGAAAAGGUGCACCAAGAAUGCGUCAUUGCCAUGAGGUGGUACCAUACCGGUAGCUCUCUUGUAGCCUGUUGGAUGCCAACAUAAAAGAAAAAGGAAAAUGCCUGGCACAAGAGUGUUUGCAUAAUAACUGAUAUAAGAAUCAUUUU